UCUCUGCAUAUCAAUCCAGAUUCAUGUACAAAUCGGAGGACUGAUCUUUUGGCAAAAUUGAUGGACUGACAAGAAUAAGAGAUGAAGCCAAGCACGAUCGUUGGUUCCUUGAAAGGCAGUCGGCACGGAGACGGAGGAAGAGUGGGCAAAGACGCUACGACAGUUGCACGUGCCGUUGUUUACUGUUGACUGUGGGCUUGCUUCUUGCAAUACAGGAGUUCUCCUUAGGGCGCGCUAAUUCAGGACCCGGUGGGUCCAAUGCGUCACGUGGAGAUGCCAGAGUGGAUUAAGUAGAACGAAGAACGGCAGCUUAGCAAAAUCUUCCAUAAUCCCCUCGUAACCAAUCGCCUUUGUGUUCCCACGUGGGGCUGCUGACCCCACCAGAUGACAUCACCGUAUCACUUCUUUUGUUGAAAUUGUUUGACACCAUCUGCAUCGCCAACUCAACUAUUAACUUCGCCCUUUUCUAUUAUUAUUAUUUUUUAUCGGUCCAGUAGUUUCUUCUGCUUUCGUUCCAGCGCUUUUCUUUGGUCUCCUUUCCCUUCCAUUGAUCCUCUCCUAUCCAGCUCGGCUGCUCUUAUUUUUGCUUUAUUUUCAACUCAACUCUACCCGUGGAUAUAUUGCAUAAAUCGAUCUCCGGUGUAGUCACUGAAAAAGCCUUGAAGAACUUAGCUCCCAAGUCCUGAGUGGAGACGAACUUUCCCUGGAGGCGUUUAACAUGGCUGAUUCUUCAUCACCUCGCGAGUACAUCCAUCUGAUUCAGCAUCUGAUAGAAGAGUGUAUCUUAUUCCAUAUGAGCAAAGAGGAAUGCAUGGAAGCUCUCUUCAAGCAUGCAAAUAUCAAACCGGUCAUUACCGCCACCGUGUGGAAGGAGCUGGAGAAAGAGAACAAGGAGUUCUUCCAAGCAUACACGAAGGAUAGGGAGGAAAGAGCGUCUGAAACGGAGACGCGACAAAGGAUCCAAAAGAAGAUGCUUUCGCAUUCUUCCGCUGCCAAAGAUACCGGGGAGGAUGACUAGUUUGUUUUAUUCUAUCUCAGAAUUCAGGCAAAACGUCGUUUACGAAAUUGGGAUGGUGUCCCUCUCUCUCCAAAUUGGCAUUGUGAUUGAUGGCUGAUCAAAUAUUAGUAGAACUCUGUGGACUGGACUGCGUCCGUCCUAGUCAAGGGCCAUAAACAGCUCCACCCUCUGUACUCUGUAGUGUCGUCUCGUCGUAGAUUAGUUUUUCUUUUUCCACGUCUCCAAAUUGGCAUUGUGAAUGUAGGCUCAGACGUGGGUGAGUGGUGACAUGUGGCUUCACCCGCACUGCCGCACCUUUUCGCGUGUCCGUCCGUGGGAUGGUUUCUGCCUCCACAGUCCACACUGAUUAUUUUAAGAAAAAAUGGCUAAUUAGAGUCGAUUUAGUCCCUAA